AUUGUCACCUACCUAAAUAUCUUUGACAUUUUCACUUGACUUUUUCUUCUUCUUUUGCCAUUUUCUCCCUAAAACUUCACUAUUUAAACCCCCUUUCUUCCUUUCUCUCUCCUACCAAACCGUUAAUCCCUACAUCCCCGCCAUUUCCCUCUCUUUCUCUCUCCUCCAUCUUUCAAUGGGUCACGAAACUCUCUCCAACUCGUCGGAAAACGUACCGGAAACCGCUGAGUACAAGAUUCCGGCGACGGAAAACUCCGGCAAAACGUCGCCGGAAAAUGAGAGGAAUGGAGUUUUUUACCCUCUCGAGAAUCUUCCGAGACCGGAGGCACCACCGGGGUUAAACGGUGACGUUUUGAAGAAGCCUUCUUUGGAGAACAAUUUUACCGUUGAUGUUCCGGCGAUCGGAAAAUACCUUCUUGAAACGAAGAACAGUCUUUCUGCUGCUAUCUCGCGACGGUUGUCGUUUGAAGACGACGUUAAAGGAGGUGGUGGUGUAACUGAGUUUUAUAUGUCUGGUAUUCAAGUUGUUGUGCGAACUAAACAGGUUGAUGAGGAAACUUCGGAGUUGGCUAAUCUUAAAGGCCGAGUUACCUUUUACUCUAAAUCCAAUUGCAGGGAUAGUGGCGCAGUAAGGAAAAUGUUACGAGAAAAAGGAUUAAAAUACGUAGAGAUAAACAUAGACGUAUAUCCGGCUCGAGAAAAGGAGCUGAUAGACCGAACCGGCGGUUCAGUAGUGCCGCAAAUAUUCUUCAAUGAAAAAUUAAUAGGCGGUUUAGUGGCAUUAAACUCGUUACGGAAUAGCGGUUUGUUGGACCAAAGGGCUAAAGAGUUGCUUGGGAGUGAGUGUCCUGAUGAUGCACCUGGACCGCCGGUGUACGGGUUUGAUGAACCGGAGGAGGAACGGACGGAUGAGAUGGGUGAAAUAGUUAAGCUUUUACGGCUCAGAUUACCUAUUCAGGACCGGUUGAUCCGGAUGAGGCUUGUCAAGAAUUGUUUCACUGGUACCGAGUUAGUAGAUGUUAUUGUACACCACUUGGGCACCUCACGUACUGAGGCAAUUGGGAUAGCAAAAGAGAUUGUUAGGAAGCACUUCAUACACCAUGUGUCCAGAGGAAAUUAUUUCGAGGAUGGGAAUGAAGUAUACAGAUUCCUUGAGCAUGAGCAAUUUAUUCCAAAAUGCUUCAAUUUUCGAGGAUCCUUGGAUGAUAGAGAGCCUGAAUCUGCUUUUAGAAUUGGCCAAAGACUGAUGAAGAUCAUGUCUGCCAUACUCGAAUCUUAUGCAUCUGAAGACAGGCAUCAUCUUGAUUACUUGGCUAUCAGCAACAGUGAAGAAUUUCGCAGAUAUUUGACUAUGGCCCGAAGUCUUCAGAGAGUGGAUCUUACUGCUCUGUCAACUGAUGAGAAACUGGCUUUCUUCCUUAAUCUUUACAAUGCUAUGGUCAUACAUGCUAUGAUAAGGAGAGGAUAUCCAGAGGGGAUGAUCGAGAGGAAAUCCUUUGUUACCGACUUCCAGUACCUAGUUGGAGGAAGUUCAUAUUCUCUCAAUGCUAUUAGGAAUGGUAUACUCAGAAGCAACCACAGGGCUCCUUAUGCUUUGACUAAACCUUUCAGUGCAGGAGAUGACCGCCUUCAGAUAGCUCUACCAAUGGUCAAUCCAUUGAUUCAUUUUGGACUUUGCGAUGGUAGUAAGUCGAGUCCAUCUGUUAGAUUCUUCUCACCUCAAAGUGUGUAUGCUGAGCUGAGAGCUGCAGCAAGAGAGUUCUUCAGCCGCAACCCAAUAGAAGUGGAUUUAUCUAAAAGAACUGUCUGUCUCCCCUGCAUCUUGAAAUGGUACAGUGUAGAUUUCGGAAAUGGAAAAGAUAUCUUCAAGUGGAUUCUGAGUUAUUUGGAUGCAGAGAAAGCAGGUCUCUUGAGCCAUCUUUUAGAUGAUGGAGGAGUGAUCAACAUCAUUUACAAAAAUUAUGAUUGGUCCAUGAAUUCAUAAGUUAAUAGUUUCAAGGUUAUCAAGCAAUAGAAUACUACUCUGGAAAUUGUAGUACUAUGAUAGUGUAAUUUGAACAAGCGAUAUAACAGCUUAAUCUGGACCGAGCAUAUGGAUUGUGAGUAUAGAUUUAGACUAGAAAUUUUGUAUGUAGUUCCAUUCAUAAUCAGGAUCUCAUUCCCAUUGCGAAUAGAACUACUUCUAUAGACAAAUAAAACAUUUUUUGUGAGAUUUGAGUAAAUAUUAUGUCAACUAGAAGCAUUCAAGAUUUUGUUUCUUGAGACUGAAUGAAGAGUGGUUGUAAUAAGACUGUAAUUUGUAUAGAUAUUAAGUAUUCUUGGUUUCUUCC